AUGGCUACGCUGAGCAAACACAUCCAUAAAGCGAACGCGUGCUUGGGCACAGCCGGAUACAGGCCCCUGCACCAGCGCAGGACUGCGCGUGGUACGGCGUUAUACGCGGUAGAGUUUCCCCGGCUGUCUUGUAAGACACGUUAUGGGCUGGACAGCAUUCAUGAAUCUUGUGAUCCAGUGGAAGCUGUAAGGAAAUCUGAAGCAAUGUUUAUAGGAGGUAACAACUGCACAACUGAGAUAUGUGGCUUCUGCUCCACACAAGGAGACUUUCAUCUUGGAUUGCCAGGGAGACACCUCGAGAACGCCACAGGACUCGCUAGUGUAAUCCACAGACAGUGCCAGUGCAAGAGGCAGAACACCGUCUUCAGUGGUGAUGUUACAUGCUACAUUGCUACUUUUGUCUUUCGGGAUGGAAUUUCUUACAUGGGAUCCAGUGUUGCUACCACCAGCACAACCAACGACACGCCCAUUGUUUAUCCACCUUCCCUCCAGGCCCUAGGUUUCGUUCCUUUUAACAUCAGCCCCCACUACCUGGAUCCAGAUCUUAAAAGCACUCAAAUGGGCUUAAGUAAAGAGACAAGAGAAGAAAGAAUUCACCAGUAUCAUGAAGAACCAAACACCCCUCUGGUUCUGGGGUUGCAGGAAGGUGCGAUGCAGUUAGUGGAAGGAGACAAAGACACCUGGCAAGGAGUAACAGGAGCACAGCUGUUUUUGAGAGAUAAGAAACCAACUGAACAUGAGCCUGGAACAGAUUUCAGUUUCCUCCUGACUGACAGUAACCUCCAAAAGCUGUUGCCUUGCCUAUGCUGCAGCAAAAGUCAGCACAUGGGAAGGCAAUGGGGAGCAAGGGAAGAGAUGCUUCUAGUCCCAGGGCGUUGCCUUACUAAGGAAACAGCAUCUUUGACCAAUGUGGAUACUUGA